GCCUGGAAUGCUGCUUGUCACUUGGGCUAUUUCUGCUAUCUGUCUCUAUCAGUGCUGCAGUGUUAAGAGUUUGGCAGAUGGGACACUUUUUCUUGGAGUUUAUGUUUUCGAUUUUUAACUUCUUGCAGAAUCUGUUGCUCUCUUUCCCUUUCCCCUUUUUGUUAAACCAUGGCCCACCGGCUACGGUUUCAUUUUGGCUCUGGGCGAAGCAAUACUGCUCCCGAAUCAGAUGUCCUGGAACAGGAGCGAGAAGAUGACUUUUUUAUGGCAUUCCACACACUACCGAGGAGAAAUGGCACUCAUAUUUAUUCAAGGCAUGUGUCAGAUUGUGGGGAUACUGAGCUUCAAGAAGAUGGGACAUUAAAAAGGAGUACAUCCAUGUUUAUUCCCCAGCUGCUUAAUAAUAUAGAUGCGCGUCCAACAAGGAGUUCAUCUAUGCAGAUCUCCCUUCAGCGUAAUUCUCUGAAUGAAUGCACUGAUGACUGUGAAUCUUCAGAAUUUUCUGAUGGAAUUCUCUCAUAUGAAUUUUCAGACUUCAAUGAUCAUUAUGUGUCCACAGUAAGAAAGAAUUCAUCUUCUGCAAGUAGUCUCCAGGAUACACCUGGAAAUUCUCCUCCACGACUACUUGAUAAUGCAACUCCACAAGUGAAUGGUGCAACUUGUCUUCCAAAGUUUUCUAUACGGUCUUCUGCUGAACAGAAUGGAAAUAUUCACUAUUUUGAUGAUUCUGAAGAAGAAACACAUGUUCCUUCACACUGCAAAAGUCGUGGAGGAGUAAGGAUAAACCACCAGCCUCUAAGUCCUGAUAUUCAUCAGGUGAGACUGGUGCCUACUUGUCAAGAAGGUCCAAAUGGGUCAAAUUCUGAACCUAGACGAUGGUCUCUUCAGCAUCUUCCUGACACAUCAGGGAGCCCAGGAAAAAGAUGUUUUGUAUUUCAACUGCAACAGUCUCAGUCUGGCAACUGUAAUAAUGGAGGAGAGUAUAAUUUUGGUAUUACUGGCACAAAAGGAGACCGAUUGGUGCGAUAUCCUCGGAUCAGACUGGAAAGAAGUACGUCUUACCCAUUACAACCGCGAUCUGAGAGUAAAAGUCCUGUGGAUAAUGGUGUGAGUGCCGAAGAGAGGAGCUGCAAUAAGGAUCCACAGGGCCAAGGAUGUACUUUUAAAAUUAGACAAGAGCAAAAUCCCAGACAACCACAUUUCAGAAUUCUUCUAACUCGUAGUACUGAAGAUCAAAAUAAUGACCAAGAACAAAAUAUUCCUAGAAAUCCUGGAUCAUCCUCAGGAAGUGACUCUACAAGAGAUGACUUCUUGGGUCAAGUUGAUGUUCCUCUAAAUCAUUUACCGACAGAAGACCCAACAAUGGAAAGGCCAUAUACGUUCAAAGACUUCUUGCUCAGACCGAGAAGCCACAAAUCUCGGGUGAAGGGUUUCUUGAGACUGAAGAUGGCUUACUUGCCAAAGAAUGGGGGACAGGAAGAAGAAAAUCGUGAACAAAGAGAGGAAGCAGAGCAAGCCUGGAAUGCUGUAGAUUCAAAUGAUUCCAACUCCCCACAUCAGCAAGAAUUACCAGCUCCACCUAUGCCACCAGGAUGGGAAGAGAAAGUAGACAACCUUGGGCGCACAUAUUAUGUGAACCAUAACAACAGGACCACUCAAUGGCAUCGACCAAGUUUAAUAGAUGUUGCAUCUGAAUCAGACAGCAAUAUCAGGCACAUACAGCAGGAAGCACACAGGGUUUUCCGAUCAAGAAGGCAUAUCAGUGAAGAUCUAGAGCCUGACCACAUAGAAACCGGAGACACUCCAGAGCCAUGGGAAACUAUUUCUGAAGAAAUUAGCUUAAGUGGCGACACACUAAGCUUAAGUAGCGACACUCUUAACCAGUCUCUCCCUCCUCCGGCAUCUCCAGUGUCUCGAUCAAGUGCUCUAGAGUUGUCCGAAGAACUGACCAGAAGGUUACAGAUUAGUUCAGAAUCCAAUGGGGAACAGUUCAGCUCAGUUAUUCAGAGGGAACCUUCCACGCGAUUAAGGUCUUGCAGUGUUACGGAUGGAGUUGCUGAGCAGGCACAUUUACCAAUGCCAAGCACCCCAACAGGAAGAGCGCGUGCUUCAACAAUCACAGGUGUUGAGGAGUCAACGCCAUCUGUGGCCUAUGUACAUACCACACCGGGUUUACCAUCAGGCUGGGAAGAAAGGAAAGAUGCUAAAGGACGUACUUAUUAUGUCAAUCAUAACAAUCGCACAACAACCUGGACGCGUCCUAUUGUGCAGCAUGCUGAAGAUGGAGCAGUGGGAUCCACAUCAAACAAUAGCAAUCAUCUGAGUGAGCCUCAAAUCAGGCGGCCUCGUAGUCUCAGUUCCCCCACAGUUACUUUGUCAGCGCCACUCGAGGGUGCAAAAGACUUCCCAGUUCGCAGAGCAGUGAAGGACACCCUUUCCAACCCACAGUCUCCGCAGCCAUCUCCUUAUAAUUCUCCAAAACCUCAACACAAAGGGGCACAGAGCUUUUUACCUCCAGGCUGGGAGAUGAGAAUAGCUCCAAAUGGGAGACCAUUCUUUAUUGACCAUAAUACCAAAACUACCACAUGGGAGGAUCCACGACUGAAAUUUCCAGUUCAUAUGAGGACAAAAGCAUCCUUAAAUCCUAAUGACUUGGGCCCUCUUCCUCCUGGCUGGGAGGAAAGGAUCCAUUUGGAUGGGAGAACAUUCUAUAUAGAUCACAGAAGCCAAGUUUUGAUGUGUCGAGACUCUGGUGCCAGACAUUUGGUGCCCCCUUACGACACCAAAAUUACCCAGUGGGAAGACCCAAGACUACAGAACCCUGCUAUAACCGGCCCUGCUGUUCCUUACUCAAGAGAAUUCAAACAGAAAUAUGACUACUUCAGGAAGAAGUUGAAAAAACCUGCGGAUAUACCAAACAGAUUUGAAAUGAAACUUCACAGGAACAGCAUUUUUGAAGAGUCGUACAGGAGGAUAAUGUCUGUUAAAAGGCCUGAUGUCUUAAAAGCAAGACUCUGGAUUGAAUUUGAGUCAGAAAAAGGACUGGAUUAUGGUGGAGUGGCCAGAGAAUGGUUCUUUCUUUUGUCUAAGGAGAUGUUUAAUCCAUACUAUGGACUUUUUGAAUACUCUGCAACGGACAACUACACGCUUCAAAUCAAUCCAAAUUCAGGUCUUUGCAAUGAAGACCACCUUUCUUACUUUACGUUCAUUGGUCGAAUUGCCGGUUUGGCAGUGUUCCAUGGGAAAUUAUUAGAUGGUUUCUUCAUCAGGCCUUUUUACAAGAUGAUGCUGGGAAAACAAAUAACACUGAAAGAUAUGGAAUCUGUGGAUAGUGAAUACUAUAAUUCCUUAAAAUGGAUCUUAGAAAAUGACCCCACUGAGCUGGACCUUAGGUUUUGUAUAGAUGAAGAAAAUUUUGGUCAGACUUAUCAAGUUGAUUUAAAACCAAAUGGUUCUGAAAUGGUUGUGACAAAUGACAACAAAAGAGAAUACAUUGACCUAGUAAUCCAGUGGAGAUUUGUGAACAGGGUGCAGAAGCAAAUGAAUGCCUUCUUAGAAGGUUUUACUGAACUCAUUCCUAUUGAUUUGAUUAAGAUUUUUGAUGAAAAUGAACUAGAGCUCCUGAUGUGUGGUCUUGGAGAUGUUGAUGUGAAUGACUGGAGACAGCAUACACUGUAUAAAAAUGGUUACUGUCCAAAUCAUCCUGUUGUUCAAUGGUACUGGAAGGCUGUGCUUCUUAUGGACGCUGAGAAACGCAUACGAUUGCUGCAGUUUGUAACUGGGACAUCACGUGUGCCUAUGAAUGGAUUUGCUGAACUAUAUGGGUCAAAUGGUCCUCAGCUCUUUACGAUAGAACAGUGGGGAAGUCCAGAUAAGCUGCCUAGAGCUCACACAUGCUUUAAUCGCCUUGACUUACCUCCAUACGACACGUUUGAAGAUUUACGGGAGAAGCUCCUCAUGGCAGUGGAGAACGCUCAGGGAUUUGAAGGUGUUGACUAAAGAUGCUGUAAAUUCCAUCCAACAAAGUGCGGAGCCGGCACCUUGAAAUUUGUGAAAUGAACCUUACCAGUAAAAAUGGAGAGACGAUUGCAACAAGAGAAAAAAAAUCCUGAGCGCACAGUUUGUGCUAUGUAUACACUGUCAGUUUACGUAACAAAUAAUUUUAUUUGGUAUUGCUGCAAAUUUUACUCAAACUGUUGGAUCAAUAAAAAAAAAGAAAAGUUGCUCAUAGAGUGAUAUAAUUGCUUGCAAAAUAUAAAUUGAUGCAAAGCAGAAAUUAUAUAAACUGUGCCAACUUGGAACCAACCUACGGUCUCCGACAAACAGUAUCCGAUGCUGGCUCUGCAGUGCAGUUGCUUCGGUUCAGACUUCCAAUCUAUAGACUAAGAUUUCUGGGGCAGUGAUGAGCUGUUCAUUGUAUACUUAAAUUACAUUUCAGGAGGACUUUGUAUAUUUAUAUGGCGCCUAAUUAGGCAUAAGCCCUUGUGUAUUUUACCUACUUUCUAAUGACAAUGAAUGGAACUAACUAAUCACAUUACAGGUAUAGUAUUAAAACUCAUGUUUACUUUUUAAAUGAUUUAAACCUAUUUUCAGAUUUUAUUUCGUUUAUUAUUAUUAAAGCUAUAUACUCAAAACAUGAGCAAUUCUUCAUUUAAUUUCAUUCAUUCCUGACAUGAUAUUGAUAUUUUACAUGUGCCCGGUUCUUCUAACAGCCUGUACUUUCCCCAGCAUGUUAAAAUACAUUACUCUAAGUAAUCAGUUUUCUUGUGAUUUUAAUAGUUUACUCCCUUCAGACCAGAAAUGUCUAGUUUUAGUUCUCUGGCAACGAAGGGGUUAAACCUUCUGUGAUUGACAAUUCAAUAACUGUCUACUGAGAUGGAAUACUUUUUUUUAUUUUUUAUUAAUGGUAAUUACAAGGUAAUAAAACUAUAUUUAAUGUAGCAUGUCAAACAAAAUUAACUUGAAAAAGAUCACAUGGUAAUAUUUACAUGUAAUAUAUUAUAGAUGGAUAUUUUUGGGAUUCAAUGGAAGUGCCAUUUGUUGUAAGAAAAUAUUGCGAUCACGGUCGUUAACGCUGUACAGAACUUUGUACUUUUAUGCAUGUAGUAAGUUUGAAAACCCAUUGCUACUCAUUGUUUGUACGCUUUUGCUAAUAACUGCACCAAAUCAAAAGGCACUUUAUAUAAAGCUCUGAGGUCAUCGAUUUUUUUUUUUUUUUUUUUUAUAUUUUGCAUCCAACAUAAAAAUAUUUUUUGAGCUAAGCCACACAUUAUAUAUUUUAAACAUGGCGGCUGUAAAAAUUGGAAUGUAAAGCUGAACCCACCUCAACUAUUACCUAUUGUAUAUUCUGUGAUUGAUGAACCACAGAUAAUAUUUAAUGCAAAAAAAAAAAGUUUAUUUAUUGCUAUGUGACCUGUUGCAUGCCUAUAUUCUAGUGCCUGAAAUUCGUCUUUUUGUGAUUAGUUCUUUUUCACAUUGACAUUGGUCACAUUGUACAACAAAUUUUAAGAAUAUUUGUUCUAGAAAUUUUUUCACUAAAACAUUUUAACUAUAUAAUGUUCACAUGGAAACAGAAUUGCUUCUUGGCCAAAAUAUGCCAGUUUUAAAGGGACAGUGAAGUCAAAUUUAAACUUUUAUGAUUCAGAUAAAAAAACGCAAUUAAAAAAAAACAAACAACGAAAUCCCAAUUUUCUUAUAUUAUCAAUUUUGCUUUGUUCUAUUCCUUGGUUUAAGAGAAAACCUAGUCACUCAAGAGUGUACACAUGUCUUUAUAACUCUAUGACAUGUUAUAUAUUGUUGCAAACACUGCUGCCAUAGAGUUCUAAAGCCAUUUGCGUGCUCCUGAGGUCUUAUGACCUAGGUUUUCUCUUCAACAAAUGCUACAAAAAGAAUGAAGCAAAUUGGUUAAUAGAAGUAAAUUGGAAAGUUGUUUCAAAUUGCAAGCUCUCUCUGAAUUUGUUGUCCCUUUUAAACCCCUUAAUUAAAGAACUGUCAUUAAAUAUACAUGAUUAGCCAGAAUUUAAAGUUGCAGCAACACCAUUACUGUUUACUGUGGCCUUUGUGUUCCCUGAGUAGCUGUAUAUAUUAUUUAAUUUAUUAUAGAAUGUGCCGUUUGUUUCCAUUGAAGAUUUCCAUUUUUGGUUGUAAAUCACUUUAUACUUGUCACCAGCAUUUAACCAAUACUAAUUAAUUAAACUGAAAUAAUAUAUUAUUUUGCUUUAGUUCAGUGUAAUUGCAGCUUGGUCACUAACAUUUAAAGGGAUAUUAAAGUCAAUAGUGUGGUAGACAUAUGCAGCCUUCAUAUACUACUGUAACUUAGCAUUGGGCAUUUGUUUAAUAAAAAAAAGAUCGAUCAGAACCUCUUAUUUUCCCUUGUCUGUCAGUCUGAGCCAUUGAUUGGUUAGUACACUCUCAUGCAUCACUUAAAUUGGCAAACAAGCACACAAUGUCUCUUUUAUAAAGACACUUUAUAUUUCUAAGUGUGUGAAAAUAGCAUGAUUCAUUUGUACAGCUAACUAUUAUCAUAAGUGAUCAAGUACAUAUAGUAUGUAUGAAACGCGUAUGCGUGGGUCCUCUGGUAUUCCUUGUUCAUCUUUAUUUUGUAUCUAUCUGUGGAUCUAAUACGACUUGUAUUUUUCUCUACCUUUGUGGAGUGCAGACUUUCCUGGAUACUAUUCUGACUUUAAAGAGUUAAGUUGAAAUACUUAAUUUCUUAUAGGUGGUCAUGAGUGUUUCCGAGAGCAUUACCACUUUCCAAAUGAUAGCAGCUAUGAACAAAAGGAACUGGUUAAUCCUUACUAACUGCAUGGUUCACAUUCCUGUUUGUAGCGUACUCCUCAGUAAUAGCUUUUGCAAAUGUUAUUUAUUUUUUAUUUCAAGUUUUAUUUUUUGUCAAACAGAAUGAUUUUAUUGUUUUGGGUUUUGAGCCUUAUAAGAUCCACAUUGUUAAAGACAUGUUCAAAGAGGUUGUUUUUUUUACUAUUUGGUGGAAUACCAUUGUUUGUCUAAAACAUUGCUUGUUAUUCAUUUUGUUUAUUGUCAUAGUUAACCUAGUGACCUAAUUUUUGAUUGUUGUAUCUUUAGUAGUCCCAGUGUCUCGAUAGUAUUUUCCAUUAGGGAUGGGCAGAUGUAAUUUUUACAAGUUUCUCUUGACCUUCAUUCUACAACUUUAAUGUCUUGAAUGUUUCAAUAGAAUGAAUGCUAACAUUCAAAUAUUACAUAUAGCUGUUACAUUGGACUGUAUCAUAUGAAUUAUCAAAUGUUAUAAUUGAUCAUUGUUUUGUUGGGUUUUUUGCUCGAAAACGAUGUUGAAUAACAAACAUUAAUUUUUGAGCAAAAUGCAGCCAGCGUCCAUUAUUUUUAACAAAUGUGCCAAAACUUUUUGCCCUUCCCUGUUUUCCUUCUCCUCCUCCUGUGGUAGUAAAGGCGUUAUCUAUCUUUUUAAACAAUAAACAAAAGCAAGUAGACUGUCCCUUUAAAUUGUAGUCAUCUCUGUCUGCCAAAGGGUUAAUGUGACUCUGCAAAAUGUUAGUGACACUUUUAUUUCAGUGUCCAUUUUGACAAUGCUGUUUUUGCAAUUAAUUCCUUAAAGGGACAUAAAACCCAAUUGUUUUCAUUCAUGAUUCAGAGCAUGUGAUUUAAAUCAACUUUCCAAUUUACUUCAGUUAUCUAAUUUGUUUUGUUCUCUUCGUAUCUUUUGCCGAAAAGGAUAUCUAGGUAGGCUCAGGGGCUGAUGAUUGGUGGCUGCAGACAUAUGCCUCCAUGUUAUUGGCUCUUCAAUGCAUUCAGCUUGUUCCAAGUAGUGCAUUAAUGCUUCUUCAGCAAAGGAUACAAAAAGAAUAAAGAAAUUUAGAAAGUUUAUUGGAAAUUUGUUUAAAAUUAUAUACCUGAAUCAUGAAAAAAAAAUGGGUUUCAUGUCCCUUUAAGAACCAUGGCUUUAUAGACACUGCCCUCCAAUGGAAUCAUUAAAACAUUACACUAUUGCCUCACAAAUUAUGCUUUGUACAUUAAACACUUUCUUACCUACGUUGUCAAAUUAUUACCCACCAUGUAUUGAAAGGCAACAGUUCUGAAUUUUUCUACUAUGUUAAAAUGUUGUUAUUUUUUCCACUUUUUUUUCCCCAUUAUACAUUUUUUCCCCCUUAUAUUUCUUACCAACCUCAAAAAUGUUUAUUAGAAAAUUGUCAAACUUUUUUAUAGUAUUUGAGUUAUCAAAGGACUUGUUUUACCAUUAUCUGCAUUAAAAAGUAUUAGUUCACUCAUAACUACUAAGUUCAAGUGCCAAGUAGUUUACUCCUAGACUGCUGUACUACUAUAUGGCUCUACACGAUCAAAUGUAUCAUAAAACCAUGAAUAUAAUAUAAUCCUAAGUAAUUAUUUGUUUCAGCAGAAACAAUACAUUAACCUUGAUCAUUGUCAAAUUAUUAAUUUUAUAAUUCUAUGUCUGCUUUUAAAUUUGUGUUUAUAAACAAAAGAAAAUUUUGUAUUCAAUUCAAAUAAAAAAGUCAGGACUAAAUAAUUGUAUGUGGAAAUGUUUAUAUUAAUUAACACUAAAGCCUCUUAUUACAUACAUGUGAUAUUUAAGAUCCCUUUUUUUCCAUUGAAUUGCUUGAAUGCAUAAUUUUUGUGUAGACAAAAAAUAUUUAUCAUUUUAGAUUUUUGUUUUCACAAUAAUUUACCCAAAAAUAAGGUAUUAUAUAUUUUAUUUGUAUCUGGUUGGGCAGUUUAGGGCCGAUUUAAUAUUUUGGGUGAAUUUUAUUUGAGGGCACUCAUUAUUAUGUUUCUGAAGAAUAAUUCUUGAGAUUAAAUGUUAACUGUUGAUUUAUUACAUUUUGAUAGCAAUCCAUAAUACAGAAUAUCUAAACAGUAGCAUUUUGUAUUUAUUUGUAGUGCAUUUUUCUAGUUUUUUGUCAUGAAUUUAUAUAUUAUUUAUUUUAAGUUUAAGAGAAUUUUUAGAAAUGGGACAUUUUACUUUUACCGAACAGUAGGGGGGUAGUGUUGCACCAGGGGUUUUUGGAUUCUCUAGCUUUUUUUAAAUUCUCUCUAGGUUUAUUCCCACAAACUGAAACAUGGUUAGGCAAAAAAAAAGUUCUGAUUAUUGGAUCUGAGCAAAAGCCAUUCCAUGUUUUUUUAAUUAUUUAAGAUAUUUGGAAGAAAGAGAGUGUAUGCUAAACAUGCUGGUGGAUUUAAGGCUACAAAAUUAUUUUAAACAGUUCUUCCUUAAGCCCAUGUUUGCAGAAGGAUUAAAUUAAAAAAAUACAUUCAGUUAUAGUUAUCAUAUCUGUAUUGUUAAUGUUACAUCAUUGCACAAACUAUAUAUAAGAUUUUGACUUGUGUCAUCAUGGAACGCUAAAACAUUGUUUAAAAAAAAAUUAGAAAAUGUUUUCUUACUGGGUCCUGUAAUGCUGUAAUGUCAGGGUACUGUUGGAGCAUUCGACUUACUGCAAACAUCUGCAUUGCAAAUGGGAUUGUUCUGUUAUUUCUUAAACCAAGAAUGCCUGUUGUAAUAGAAUACCCCUGAAACUGCUAUGCACAUUUUGCAUUAUUAUGCAGCACAGGAAAUGUUGUACCUGUUUUAAUAAAGCACUGUCUCCCAUGUGUUGGGAAUUUAUUAAUUAUAAACAAAGGUUUUAUCACUUAAAUUUAAAUGUGGCAAACAGUUUUUUGAGGCUUUCGAAGAUCACAUUCCAACUUGUGAAUCUGGAGACAUUUUUGCCUUUAUUGUAAUAUUUAUAUUGCUUUUACGUUAUACGUAUGUUUAAAAUCAACCUGUAAAUAUUUUACCAUACUUUUAUGCCAUUUAGUAUAAAGGGGGUUAAAAUUGGAAAGAUUAAUACAGGUAUGCUGUUAUAUUCACAUUUGAAAAAUGCUCCUAAAAUUUUUGGUAUGUUGCAUUUUAUAAAUUAUAUUGUAGAAAUAAUUACUACCAAAUCUACAAGAUUUCAAACAUUCCAAAAUAAAGUUAAUGCAUUUAAUACAAGGGAUAUGAUUCUCAAAUUCUUUGCUGUUUAUAAAUAUUUAUUAUCAAACCAAUCUUAUCUCUGACAUGAAUUGUUUAUCUGAUAGAGACUCAGUACAUACAACUGUAUAGCCUAUGAAAUUGCUAAUGUACAAUGCUUGUUUAACAAUAAUAGCUUUAUAAAUGGAUUUAAUAAAUACAAGAUUGAUAAACCUAGUUGCUUUCCUGUUGGAAAGAGAUAUAUGUGACAAAACCAAGGUGUUGUAACGAAAUGAUGCAUAUUGAUGAAUAUUUAAUAAAAUAAUUAUGAAAUACGCAAAUAA